AUGAGUACAAACACCUCCGUGGUGACUGAAUUCAUUCUUAUCGGCUUCUCCCACCUGGCCGAGCUCCAGAGCUUGAUCUUCUCUUUCUUUCUCACUGUCUACCUGCUCACGGUGGCUGGCAACCUCCUCAUUGUGGUGCUGGUCUCAGCUGACGCUGCCCUCCAGACCCCCAUGUACUUCUUCCUUCGAAUCCUCUCAGCCCUGGAGAUUGGCUACACGUCCGUCACCAACCCCCUACUGCUUCACCACCUCCUCACGGGUCAGCGCCACAUCCCUCGCUCUGGCUGUGCUCUCCAGACCACGGAGUGUUGCCUCCUGGCAGCCAUGGCCUAUGACCGCUAUGCAGCCAUCUGCGAAUUCCUUCGCUUCCCUGCUGCUGAGCUAUCGGCGUGCCUGUGUCUAGCUGGGUCAGCGUGGGGCUGUGGAGCAAUGGUGGGCCUGGGCCACACCUCCUUCAUCUUCUCCUCGCCCUUCUGUGGCCCCAGUGCCAUCCCACACUUCCUCUGUGAGAUCCAGGCUGUCCUGCAGCUGGUAUGAGGGGACACCUCACUCAGUGAACUGCAGAUUAUCCUGGCCACUGCUUUCCUCAUCCUCUGCCCCUUUGGCCUCAUCCUGGGCUCCUAUGGGAGUAUCCUGGCUACUAUCUUCUGGAUCCCAUCUGCUGCUGGCCGCCCCAAAGCCUUCUCCACCUGCUCCUCCCACCGUGUGGUCUCCCUCUUCUAUGGCGCUGCGAUCUUUAUCUACAUCCGCCCUAAGGCCAGCUAUGAUCCCGUCACUGACCCUCUUGUCUCCCUCUUCUAUGCUGUAGUCACCCCCAUCCUCAAUCCCAUCAUCUAUAGCCUCCAGAACACUGAUGUCAAGGCUGCUCUAAAGAGAACCAUCCAGAAAAUGGGGCUGGCAGAGGUUUGA